AUGGGUACAUUGGAUGGUAUCAUAGACACAGUCUCUGCUGAUCAUCCUUUCUUUCCAUUGAUUGGGAGGAAGAUAGUGGCCGGUAGUACCAUUGGAGGGAUGAAGGAGACACAAGAAACGACUGAUUUUGCAACAAAACACAACAUAAGAGCAGAUGUUGAGGUUAUACGAAUGGACUAUGCCAACACUGCCAUAGAUCCUCUUGAGAAAGCUGAUGUUAGGUACUGA